AUGUCUAGGCGCAGUCUUGUAAAAGAUGCUUGGAUUAGAGAAGCUGAAGAGGCUUCAAGUUUGGUGGAAGAUUUGGAGGCCAAGACCAAGAACAAGCACCCUGACCAAUUGAGCCUCAGAGAAAUUGCUCGAUCCAAGCUUCUGGAGCUUGGAGUGAAACUUGAUCGCCUCGAAUCACUCCUCCACAACCCCCCUCAAAACCCAUCUUAUGAAAUGAAGCUUUCGUUCUCUAAAGAUGACCAAGAGCUGCUGACACCUCUUCUUAUUAAACCAUCCAAUUCUUAUACUCCGAUGAGCUUGCGUUGGAAGACUUGCUGGGGCAUUUCUGUGGUCUUAGGGGUGACUGCAUGUCUGUUCAUAUUAGUUUUCCAAUUUGUGCACACAUAA